AUGGCUUUGGACUUGAGAGUAGGGAAUAAAUAUCGGAUAGGAAGAAAGAUCGGUUCAGGCUCCUUUGGAGAUAUUUAUCUUGGCACGAACAUUAUUAACGGUGAAGAAGUAGCCAUCAAACUAGAAUCAAUUAAAGCCAAACAUCCACAGCUCGAAUAUGAAGCCAAGGUCUACAAGACUCUUGCUGGUGGGGUUGGAAUUCCGUUCGUCCGCUGGUUCGGAGUCGAGUGUGAUUAUAAUGCGAUGGUAAUCGAUUUGCUCGGACCAUCAUUGGAAGAUUUGUUUAAUUUCUGUAAUCGCAAAUUUACACUAAAGACAGUGUUGUUAUUGGCUGAUCAAUUGAUUUCUCGUAUCGAAUAUAUCCACUCUAAAAAUUUUAUCCAUCGUGAUAUUAAACCCGAUAACUUUCUCAUGGGGAUUGGCAAAAGAGGCAAUCAAGUAAAUGUCAUUGACUUCGGUCUAGCGAAGAAGUACCGAGAUCCAAAGACGCAUUUGCACAUUCCUUAUAGAGAAAAUAAGAAUCUUACUGGAACAGCUAGAUAUGCUAGUAUUAAUACCCAUUUGGGAGUUGAACAAUCUCGCCGUGAUGAUCUCGAAUCGCUUGGUUAUGUUAUGAUGUACUUCUGUCGGGGCUCACUUCCGUGGCAGGGACUCAGAGCAGCCACCAAGAAACAAAAAUAUGAUCGUAUCAUGGAAAAGAAGAUGACUACACCCACAGAACUUUUGUGCCGCGGAUUCCCGAACGAAUUCGCUAUUUACUUGAAUUACACUCGGUCACUUCGUUUUGAUGAUAAACCCGAUUAUAGUUAUUUGAGAAAGCUUUUCAGGGAUUUGUUUGUGCGAGAGGGAUACCAGUAUGACUAUGUAUUUGAUUGGACGAUCUUUAAAUAUGAAAAAGAUGGCAAAGGCAAUCAAAUACCUAUCGACACUGACCCUAACGAACACGCCGAAGAAGACGCCAAGAAACGUGUCGUAUCCUCUCGGCAACCGUCAGGUCAGCUAGUCAAUGAUCCUACUUCAUCAUCUACACUUCGUCGUGCAGCAAAACAACCGAUCCAAUCCGCCCCCAUUGCUGCCGGUCGCCCAUCCGGGAUCUCUGCUACAGGUGCAGGUGCAUCUCGAGUGGCGCCGGGUACAAGAAGAAAGACAUCAACUCAAGAGGCUGUAAUGGAGCAGCAAAGGGUUCUUGGAGGAGAGAGAGGGCUUCGUAAUGUAGCAAAGAACCAGCCACCGAAUUACAUGAAUACUUUUCGAGUUAGAAAAGACGAUCCAGCCGGAAGCAGUGGGCAAUGGUAUUGA